AUCAGCCCUGAGGCGUGAGCUCUCGUCUUCGUCGUCUCCUUCUCCUUCAAAUUCUGCUCCAUUGUGCGAGAGUGCGUAAUUUUUUCGUGAGCGGCUGUCGGUCUUCGCCUGCGAGUCCGUCUUUCUUUAGGUCCUUCUGAUUUUGUUGUUGGGAUCUUUGCGCCGCCCCUGUCGAUUUUCGGAGCCGCCGACCCUGUCGAUUUUCGGAGCCGCCGACCCCGUUUCUUGUGGUAAGGCAGAGAGGCGCAGCAGCAGCUAUGGAGGAAGUGGGAGCGAGCGUGAAUGUUGGCGCGAAGGAGACAGGUAAGGUGAAAUGGUUCAACAGUAGCAAGGGGUUCGGGUUCAUCACGCCCGACAAGGGUGGAGACGAUUUGUUCGUACACCAGACGAGCAUCCACGCCGAGGGGUUCCGUUCGCUUCGUGAGGGCGAGGUGGUGGAGUUCCAGGUGGAGUCGAGCGAGGACGGGAGGACGAAGGCGUUGGCCGUGACGGGUCCUGGGGGUGCGUUCGUUCAGGGCGCGAGCUACAGGCGCGACGGGUACGGUGGCGGAGGCGAUGGAGGAGGUCGAGGGUUCGGCGGGAGUGGUGCGAGAGGUAGGGGCCGCGGUGGGCGUGGCUCGGGAGGGUUCGGCGGCGUGGGUGGAGGCGACCGGCCUUGCUACAACUGCGGCGAGGGAGGUCACAUUGCGCGCGACUGCCAGAACGAGCCGACAGGGAGUGUGAGGCAAGGAGGCAGUGGCGCAGGGGGGAGCCGGAACUGCCACACUUGUGGAGAGGCUGGACAUUUUGCGAGGGACUGCACUCCUGCAGCCGCUUCCUAGGUGCUUCCGAGUAGAAACAAUUUUUCAACAUCCUCCUUUGUCUAGAUGGGAAGGCCGAGCCGGGGCUCAGUGGGUUGGCCAAGGUAGGGUCUGGCGGAGCACACUGUGGCCGCCGGACCGUGGAGCGUUUUGGCGGUGACGCGGCCUGCGUUGUUUGUACCAGGCAGGAGAGGGUAGUGCUCUGCUUGACUUUGUUUUUUCAACCGCUUCUGGUGGUGGUCGUCGUGGAUGUGGCUAGGUUUCGUCUGCACUGAGGCCUGCAUGGCUGCGGGUAUAAUGUAGUAUGCAGAAGUUUGCUUUGUGUGUGACGGCGAAUUUAUCUGUCAUUAGCGGGGCCGCAGAGAAAUCUCUCCGGAAGGGGAGCGGUCGGCAGGGUCCGAGAGCUCCUCCGCGAUGGAUGGUUUGCGAGGUCUGCCUUUGGAGUCAGUUGGAGGAGAGGGGGUGGAAUCGGCAGGCACCGGUCGGAGGGGUGCGCGCCGAGAAGGGUUUAUGUUGUGUCAGCGGGUCGAAGAAUAGGCCGGAGCGUUACGUUUGUCAAGUCAAUCUUGAGCUUUGUUCGCUGUUUGAAAGACCCGCGAAAUGUAAUCGAAGAUCACGAGGAAGGCAAUCAUUCGAGUAGAUGAUUUUUUUUUGUA